GAGCAGGUGACACUCAGCCGACCAUACAUAACAGUACUGCCCCGCGCGCUGCGGUCUUGAUUCAUCUUCCACACACGACACUUUCGUCUCAAUCCUUCACCAUUCCACUAUUCACCCCAAUUCUCGUUAUACAAAUCCCACCGCAGAUCAUUCAAGAUGAGUGCAAUCGCUGACAGCACCAAUGGCCCAGACGACAAGGUCAAGGUGCUGUUCACCCUCUUCCCUGGCUACAACACCCUCGACGUGGCUGGUCCACUCGAGGUCUUGAGCCGUUCUCUCGAAAACCCAAAGGACAAGAACAGCAAGGCCUUUGAGUGCCAGUUUGUUGGCACCCAAGCUGCUAUGACCUCUGUCCAGGGUCUCACCAUCAAGGCUGAUAUGGACUACGAUGAUGCCAACGACGAGCUCGAAGACUUCGAUGUCAUCAUCGUCCCCGGCGGCGAGGGCAUCUUCGACGUCCUCAAGAACAAGACCGAGCCCCUCAACCUCCUCACCAAGUACGUCGAGCUGCAGGAGAAGAACCCUGCCAAAGAGCGCACCGUCCUUGCCAUUGAUGUCGGUGCUCUCUUGCUCGCUCAGCAGGGCAUGCUCGAGGGUCUGGCGGCCACAACACACCCAGACUACUACGUGCGUCUGGAGACCAUCUGCCAGGACGCUGCGAAGCGUGACAUGUCUAUGCGUACCGACGUGAUGGAGGAGCGUUACGUUGUCAACAACGCCCGCUUUGACCUGGGCGAGAACCCCGAUGACAACCCAUACAUCAUCAGGAAGGAUCGCUCGGGAGACAUCCCUGACGGCACCACUACUCAGAAUGGUCGCAGGAUGUCCAUUGCCCGCAAGGGCAGCAACGCUUGGCGCGACUCUCGCCGCCGCGAGUCCAUUGCUAGGCGCGCCUCCAUGCCGCUGGGCGGUAUGCGUAUCAUCACCACCGGCGGUGUCACUGCAGGCCUUGAUGCCAGCCUCUACCUGGUCGGUACCUUGGCCUCCCACGACUCGGCCCUCGAGGUUGCUCGUGUCAUGCAGUACACGUGGGUCAAGGGUGUCACGGUCGACGCGAUCGAUGUUUGAGCUUCUCGAUGAAGCGAUGUAUUUUACAGAAUUGGACUGAAGUGUACCCGGCGAGGUCACCAGAAACGAAAUGUCGGGGAUCUGCAAGAUUUACCACGACUCGGAGGAACAUAACGAAGCAUCUACGAAUGUCAACAAUUGAAAUGAUCUGAUCACACCGCACUCCUGCUUGUUUAUCUGUGAGUCACGUACCAUAGUGUCUUAGCCGAGCACUGUUCUCAAUUCG